UGCUUAUGGCGAAAAUUGCAAUCGUGUGGAUUAAAGAACAGGUAUUCCACAGACGCAAUAUUUGCCCACGAAUUAAAAAAAUUAUCGGCUCUUGCUUUUGUACCUGUUGAUAAUGUUAUUUCUGCAUUUGAAGAACUAAUUAAUUCCAACUACUACGUAGACAAUGAAGAAGAAUUACGAACAUUUGUUGAUUAUUUUGAGGACACGUGGAUUGGGAGACCAACACGUGGUGGUAGGCGAAGAGCGUCUACUUUUCCAAUUAAAAUAUGGAAUAUGUUUGAUUCUGUAACGGAAGACUCUCCCAGGACAAAUAAUGCAGUAGAAGGAUGGCACAGAGCGUUUAAUUCUGCACUUGCAGCUAACCAUGUAACAGUGUGGAAGUUCAUAAAUAUGUUAAAACGAGAACAAGGUCUGCAGAAGGCCAAAAUGGAGCAGCAAACAGCUGGUGCACCUCAACAAAAAAAAAGGCGAAAGUAUAAACAUUUGGACGAGCGGUUAAUUGCUGUUUAUUACGGUAUGUGA